AUGGAUACUGUAGAACCAACGGAGCCACCUGUAGAGGACAUGGAUAACCCGAAGUCUGAAGAGCCUGUUGAAGAUUUGGAUAAUACAAGCCGAUCGAAACCCGUCAACGAUUCCUCGAUCAAGACUCCCAAAUCGACCAUGUCCUACAGGGAGAUCCUCUGCAUAACGAUAAUUAUUAUUCUCACUCCAUUCUUUUUCAUUUACGACGUAUUCUACGUAACUCCGCAAUUAUUUGGUCCCUUUGGAGUGACGUUAAACGCUAUAGUUUGCACUUGGAUUACUCACAAUAUCCUUGGAAACCUUUGGGCCUGUUUGCGGAAAAGCAGCUUGGUGGACACUUUGCCCCUUGAACUCCGUACACCUACCAAGGGGGAGGAGCACCUGUGGCGCUAUUGCAAGGAGUGCGAAAGACUAAUGCCACCAAGGUCCUGGCACUGCAAAAUGUGCAAGUGCUGCAUCCUGAAGCGGGAUCAUCACUGCAACUUUACUGGUAACUGCAUAGGACACAAUAAUCAGAGAUUCUUCCUCUGGUUGACCUUUUACCUAAGCCUCGGCUGCGGCUUAGUCCUUGUCUAUAAUUUUAUUUUAGCCUGGCAGCAUGGCAUUGUUACAGGCAAUAUUUUGAACUUGUAUGAGAUUAUUUUCCUUCAAGAAUCGAUGGAACCGAACUUUGGAUUUAGAACCGCAAUAUCUAUGGUCGUCUACGUGAACUUAUUGUGCCUUUCUGCUACAAUACUAAUGUUCACUACCGAAGUAUUGAUGGUAAAACGUAAUACUGUGAUGUUUGAUAAAUCAAAUCGGGAAUAUGAUAUGGGAGUGCAGAGUAACUUUCGCCAGGUACUAGGACAACUUCAGUUCUGGACAUGUCUUUCGCCAGCUAUUAACAGUCCUCUGCCCCACCUUGGCACCCAAUGGAAAUCUAAGAAGAGUGAAUGA